AUGGUAAUUUAUUGUUUUUCUGUACUAGGCCGUAAUGUUGCAUUGAAACAAAAUGUAAAACAAUCCAGCAGUCUACCAGGACAACCUGGAGCAGAAGCGGUUGUAGACGGCAUUGCAGACACCUGCGGACGAGUACUUACACCAACCAAUGACCCAAAUCAUUCGUUUGAAAUUCAGUUUAACAAAACGAUGACGAUUACCGGGAUUACACUCUAUAACAGAGGAGGAGGUUUAAAAGGCUUCGAAUUAGCAAUAUUUGAUUCCUCUUCAAAUCGUCUCUUUAACUACAAAGAAAACAGUGAAGUCCAGAUUAUUUAUGGUCUAAACGUUCAAUUACUAAAAGGGGUUUCAAAAAUUGAGAUAAAACAGAAAGAAGAACCCAAGGCAAAAGAUACUAUACCGAUUCUUAGUGUGUGUGAGUUGGAAGCGUUUGGUGACUGUGAUGAUGGCUUUUGGGGUUUAGACUGUCAAAAAUGUAGCGGCCUUUGCACUAAAGCCUGUCACAAGGAAACUGGAAAAUGUGAAGAUAAAACCUCAUUUGGUGAAAAAAACCAAUAUGAUUGUCAUUGUGAGAACAGAAAAUGUGAGUUAGAUGGUCAAUGUAAACCUGGAUUUAAAUGUAAACUUGGAUGGUUUGGUAACAGAUGUCAAUACGUUGAUAUACUGGGAAGUUACAAAAACAAUCACAUACUAACAGACGGCAAUGAUGACACGUGUCUGGACACAACAGUUAAAAAUGUGACUUUGUGUCUUGGAAAUAUUUAUACACCAUCGUUUAUACGUUUGGUUUACAAAAAAGAUAAUAAAACUCGCCCUGGAUUGAACCCAUUUCUUGGAUGUAGUACAGUAGUGUAUGACGUGAGGGAAAACAUUCGGGAUUACUUCUGUGAAACUCAAGUAAAAGCUGAUGUCGUCAAAAUAUCCGAUGAAGACACACGCGAUCUAUGCUCCGUCUAUUUCAGUGGAGGACGAAAUUUAGCAUUGAAUCAAAUAGCAGUACUGUCAAGUACUCAUGCUAAUUUCAAGGCAUCGUUGGCUGUUGACGGGGAUAAAAAGCAAUGCGAAAGGUCAUUUACACAAACUUCAGACCAAGACAAAACCCCGUCAUUUAAAGUUACGUUUGAUAAACCAGUCUCGGUAAGCCGUGUCAAGCUGUAUAACAAAGUCGAUGCCAAAAACAAGGUUGUCGAAUUAAGUGAUCGAUUGAAGGGCUUUGUUUUGGAAACAAUUGAUUCGAAUAACAAACAAGAGCAGGUAUAUAUUGAUAAAGGCCCGACACAAGCUGUAUAUAGUAUCGACUUUGGAAAGAUAAAAACUGUUUCUGCUAUUCAAGUUAAACAGACCAGCCCUCCAAUAUCAGUUGAUAAGACACCCAUUCUUAUGAUUUGUGAAAUUGAGGUAUUUGGAGACUGCCCCGACGGAUUUUGGGGUUUGGAGUGUCAGCAACAAUGCGACAGCGGUUGUAGUAAACCUUGCCAUAAGGAGACUGGACAAUGUUUCCGAAAAGAUUGCUCAAAUGGAAAAUGGGGAUUAGAUUGUCAAAAGCAAUGUGACAAUGGUUGCUCUAAUGGUUGUGAUACGGAGACAGGAACAUGCACCAUAAAAGCCUGUCCUCAUGGAUUCUGGGGCCCGACUUGUCAGAAAAAAUGUGACAGCUUAUGCAGUAAGCCUUGUGACCUGGAGACAGGGCAAUGCUACCGAAAAGAGUGUGCUCCAGGACGUUGGGGUUUGGAUUGUCAGGCAAAAUGUGACGAGAGCUGUGCGAAUCCUUGCCACCUGGAGACUGGGGAAUGCGAACGAAAAUCAUCGAAUAAUGAUACCAUUGACAAAUAUGGACUUAUUGAACAUAUUCAAACCUACACCUGGGUUGGACCGAAAAAGAGAUACAGGUGUAACUGUAGGGGCGACCACUGCUAUAUAAAUGGCACUUGCUGGCCAGCAGAAAAGUGUUCCCUGGGAUGGUUUGGUAAAUACUGUCAGUACGUGGAUCUCCUAGCAAACCAUGACAGCAGCAACAUAUUAACAGACGGGGAUGAUCACUCUUGCACGAAAGUGUUAUCAAACAGUUUAACGUUAGAACUAGGCGGUGAAUUCCCUGUGACGUUAGUGAGGCUGGCUACGAGAGCAGAACUCGGGACAGGAAAAGCUAUUGAGAUGGAGUUUCAAGGAAAGACAAAAAGAUUCAAAUGCCCCGAUGCAAAAGUGUACACCCAAAAUAAUAUUAAAGAUAUAUUUUGCGGAGGCAACGAAUUGGCUACGGCGUUGAUUCUGAAAGGGCCCGGUUUAUUAACGUUGUGUUCUGUCUAUUUCAGUGGAGGUCGAAAUUUUGCAAUUAAACAAAAAAUUGUUCAGAAACCUAACUCCAAAAAUACCAUGGAUAAAGUAGAUGGCAAUUUAUGGAACUGUGAUUAUGAUGAUCCACCAUUGGAAGAGAACAAAGAAGCUCCAUCUAUUGAAAUUCAGUUUGACAAAACUAUCUCGGUUAACCACUUUAGACUAUUCAGCAGAAUUUUCGGUUAG